AUGCCUAUUGGACUUAACAACAUUGGAUGGAAGAUGUACUUCAUCAACGGAUCUUGGGACAUUAUUGUCGUCGUACUCAUCGCGGUCUAUUGGGUUGAAACCAAAGGUAAGACGUUGGAAGAGAUAGAUGCAAUUUUUGAAGGCGUGAAGCACUCCGAUAUACCCGACGUCGAGCAGAUCCGAACCGGGCAAGCAACAAUAGACGUGGGCGCUAUCGAACAACAACUGCAGGCUGAAAUUCCAAUCAUCAAAUCUUGA